UUGAAAGACAAGCUUCUUAAGAAAUUGAAAGGGCUUCAAGUAAUCAAUGGAAAUAUUCCAGGUAUUCAUCAAAUGUAGAAUGCAAGUUAUCAUGCUGUUUUCCUUAGAAAACAAUAUUCCAUAAGCUGUUACACCUUCACCAGAUGCUAAAAUCCUUCGAUUAGGCAUUGAAAUAAUGGGGAUUCAAUGACUCAUUCAACUUACUUUUAGCUUUUCCGCAUGCAAUUUUAUUGCUUCACACUUCAUAAUACCCUUCCAAAGUGACAAGGAACUUAUUUCUUCACAAGGAAUGAUUUCCAUUAAUCUUCUUCUAUAUCCCCCUCCCCCCUUCUUCUCUUCCUCUCUUGCUAUCAUCAGAAAUUAUGGAAGAUCCUAACAUGCUUGCUGCAGAUUGCAUUGUCAUAACAUGUUGCUGCCAAUGCAUGAUCCUGCAAAUCCUCGUCUUCGUCUUGCUCAAACUUCCUUGCAAAUUAGUCAAAAAGACGAAGGAAUACACGAAAAGAUUCAGAAAUCAAAAGAGACGAGAGAAGAUUGUGCAGAUUGAAAUAAGAAGAUAUGGAGAAGACAGCUUCAGAAGUCAUGGGAACUCCUUUCGAAUUCAAACAGAUAAAUCCCUUGGUUUUAACUGUUGCAUGGAUGAAAUUGAUCAUGUUUUGGAGGAUUUUUCGAAUAGGGGUGAGUUUGCUUUUGGCAGCUUUUGGGGUGGAGAGAUAUCAAGGAGAUUUUCUACUUCAUGUUUAAAUGAAGAGGAACUUGAUUAUGAGGUUGUUCAGUGUCAUUUAAUUGAAAUAUUUGGCUGUGUCAAUUUGCCCUAGCAUUUUCUGAAGAACCUUCACAUUUCCAUAUGUUUAUGACCAUUUUAUAAAGAAGCACACAUAUCUUUAAUGAUGUU